GAGCCAGUCACAGCCCGGGGUCUAAACUUGGAUAGGGAGGGUCUUCAGUCAGCUGUCGUGUACCACCGAGCACUUUCUGGACUUUAUAGACCGGUAAAUCACAUAUAAACCAGUGAAAGAGCACUUACAUCGUCAGUAAACUUCUAGAACUCAUACAUGAGUACAGUGGUAGGCUUAAACUUAGGUGCGUAAUCACGCGCCUGGAGAGUUUUUGCGCUUUUGUUGCCAAAAACAAAAAAAAACAAAAAAAAAACGGAAUUUGUUUUGCACUCUUUUUAAUAAUUAAUCAUAUUCGGAAAUCUGACAGCAACGCGACGUUCUGAACAGGAAAAGUUGUCUAAACUCACUUUUUCCAAGUUUCACUAUGGCAGAAGGGGAUUACUACACUAUGGGCAACCGACAGAGGAUUCCACGGGAUCCGUUCCGGGAACAGUCACUCGCAUCUCGCUUUAUGGAAGAUGACUUUGGACUGCCACCCUUUCCCGAAGAGUUGUCGAUGGAAUGGCCCGGCUGGGCGAGACCUCGGCUGAGCGCCCGCCUCGACGCCCCGUGGUCGGGCUCGUUGCGCACGGGCUUCCCGCGGACGAGCAUGGGCUCGCCGCAGGGCUUCAGCUCCAUGUACAGCAGCGAGAGCCCUCGCCGAUCCAGCGCGCCCCCGACCAACCCAGACGAGCCGUGGAAAGUGUGCGUGAACGUGCACAGCUUCAAACCUGAGGAGCUUAAUGUCAAAACUAAAGACGGUUUUAUAGAGGUGUCAGGGAAACACGAGGAAAAGCAAGACGAGGGAGGAAUUGUUACCAAAAACUUCACGAAGAAAAUUCAAAUCCCAUCUGAUGUGGACCCAGCCACUGUGUUCGCCUCUCUGUCUCCGGAAGGUGUUCUCAUCAUUGAAGCCCGACAGACCCCUCCAUACUACCUCUACAGCAACGAAAUGCCCGCAGAACCCAUGGAAGAACCUGAGGCCAGACCGCAGGAACCCAGCAUGGCUUCAACUCCAGUCUUUGAUGUCAGGGAGUGAACUGGUGUUCGCAUGCCUAUGGUAUUUGUUCCAAGCCAGUGUUAAAAUCUAGAUUCAUCAGUUUCAAAAAAUUACUUAAAUCAAAAGUCAUUAAUCUGCUAGUGAAUAGUUCAUAAAUUAAAUGUUACUCUACAUAGUAUAUGGUUGGAUCAAAUACCAGAAGCUUUCAGUUACUAUAUCAAUGAAGAUAAACAAAUGUGAUAGAGCUACCGGUGAAGUGAGAAGGAAAAGGUGUGAAAUGGGAUGAGACCAGGCCCAAUUUCUGUACAGCUGGAAACAGGCAUGGAAACAUGUACGUAGAUGCGAAUGCAUGGUCAACAUUGUAAUGUCACAUCUCAUUGUAUAUACUUAACCUGCAUUCCUCUCAGUCCUAAAGUUCCCCUCAAAUGUCAACAAUUAAAUGGAUUAUUCACCCAAAAAUCAUCUCUUAUUCUCCUACAUGUUGUCCCAAACCUGUAUGGCUUUCUUUCUUCUGUGGAAAACAAAAGCAAAA